AUGGUGCGGUGCAGAGGGCGAAUCUCGCACGAGUGUCUUGUUCAGCUGCAGGUGGUCACUUCCCGCGGAGGAGGAGGGGCGAGCAAAGGGGCGGGGGAGGAGUCGUUGCCGCUGCUUGAUGUGUCUGCGCUUUGCGAGGAGAUUGGGUGUAGGAUGCGUUUUUUGUGCGGCCUGGCGGUGGCGGCGAACGCUGCAGGGAUUCAGGUGAUGGGUGUGCGGCACGACACGGCUGGUGUGUACAACGUGGUGGUGCGUCUCCCACAGGCGUCGCCGUUGGCCGUGACGGCGCUGCGUGCGGCGUGUGCGUCGACGGCGCUGGGGCCCGUGGUGGCUGGGAGGGCGGAAGCGACGCGGCAGAAACGUGAGCGCCAGGAGGGCACGGCGAUGACGAUGCCCGUUGCGGUGCGGGUGCUUCACUUGAAGGGUGUUGCGGCGGCGUAA